GUCACAUGCGAACUCAAAAUUAAGAAUGGCGGGUUUAGAAUUACUUUCAGACCAAGGAUUUCGACUAGACGGAAGACGACCUCAUGAAUUACGUAAAAUAGAAUGUCGUAUGGGUGUAUUUGCCCAAGCAGAUGGUUCGGCGUAUAUAGAACAAGGAAACACGAAAGUUCUUGCUGCGGUUUACGGACCACACGAGAUGCGUGGUAGUAAAUCGAGAGGUCUUCACCAUAAAGUUUUAAUCAACUGUCAGUACAGCAUGGCCACGUUCAGCACAGGAGAACGGAAAAGGAGACCUAGAGGAGACAGGAAGUCGCAAGAAAUGACUCUUCACCUUAAGCAAACAUUUGAGGCAGCCAUCAUGACACAGCUGUAUCCCAGGUCUCAGAUAGAUAUUUUUGUCGAAGUUCUCCAAGCAGACGGUGGGAACUACAGUACGUGUGUCAAUGCCGCAACUCUUGCUCUGGUAGAUGCUGGAAUACCUCUAAAGGAUUACGUUUGUGCUUGUACUACUGGUUUCGUAAAUGAUACACCAAUGGUGGAUAUAAGUUUCGUGGAAGAAUCCUUAGGGGGUCCACAGUUGACCGUCGCCGUUCUUCCGAAGUCCGAACAGAUAGUUCUUCUAGAAAUGGCAUCGAGGCUCCACGUCGAUUAUCUGAACAAAGUUCUAAAAACUGCGGUUAAAGGUUGUAAGGAUGUGUAUGUAAUCUUGGAUGAAGUUGUACGGAAUCACGUUGCUCAGAUUGCGUCGUCUGUGGGAUCGGAGUGAUUGUUUGGUAUUUUUGAGGUCAUUAAAAUAUUUUUUUGUAUUACCAGUUUCUCGUACAGAUUCAUAAACGAGUUCACUUUUUGAGAACAGAAGAGUUGGUGAAAAGGAACAGUUGGGGUGAUCCUGUAUAGUUAAUACAGAUGUAUUUGAUGGACAGAAAGAUUUUUAAAAGUUAGGUUCUGUUUUAGUACCAUAUUAUAUAAACAGGAUUCAAAAUUAGGAAAAACUACUUUAAUACAUUUUCAAUAAGAGUCAUAGAAUAAGAACUUUGUGUACAAUACAUAUUUUAAUUUAAUAUAUAAAAAAUUUACGAGUCUGUAGACCAGUUAAUAAUUACAUUUGCCUGCUGUAAACAAAAACUAUCCAAAAAUUAGUGAAUAUUAUUUGCUAUUCUCUAUAAUGUAAUGUCCCAUAAGAUGUUUACUUUUGUGGUAGUUCACAGAUGUACAGAGUAAUUAUAAAAUACAAUAGGAGACUAAAGCACAAAAAAAAAAAUUACAAUUUAUGUGUCAGUUUUUGUCUUUUUUGAGAAAUCCCACGGAACGAUGUUUGAAAACCAGUGGUCUAAAGCACUCUUUUGUUAACAGAUUAACUCAAUGAGGUACUUUUGCGCGUAAGGGUUUUUAUUAAGUUGAGGUCGUGGUAAUGGUGCGUGUUUAAACAAAAUAAAGGAAUUUCUAGCUGCACUUUAAGUUACGUUAUUUCAAUCACACUAACAUA